AUGGCAUUGGCACCGGGCAGCACUCGAGCUGUCACGCGGUGGACCACGCGCAUCAUUCCCUUGGUUCUCGCAGGAUGUGUCGGUUACGCGACCUGGGUCACCAUCGUGCGCAUUUGCGUUGACUAUCUCCUUCGGACCAAAGACCAGACCGGUCUCGCGAUCGCUAUUCUCGUUCUCUACUGCGUCUUCUUCACCCUCAUGGUCGUCACCUACCUGCGGACGUUGAUCAUCAUCAACACGAAUCCGGGGCUCGUGCCCUUGGGGCAUACCGUGCCGCACGAUACCGAGCAGUACAGGAUGUCUUUGCGCGGGGGUGACGGCAAAGAUAGUCGAAGGCGCCACAGGAGGAGAAGGAGCAGGCGAGAAGCAGACGACCUCGAGUCGCAGCCGUAUACCCAGGCGGCAGGCAUAGAGCCCGAUCUGAACCCGGACAGCCCUGGCCUCGAGCAGUUCUACAGCAAGGACGUCUUCGUUUGCGCCACAGACGGGCGCCCUGUGUGGUGCAGCAGCUGCAGAAACUGGAAGCCCGACCGCUCCCACCACAGCAGCGAGAUGGAGCGCUGCGUGCGCAAGAUGGACCACUACUGCCCCUGGGUUGGCGGCAUUGUCUCGGAAACCUUCCUAGCCAUCUCGGCCUACACCCUGAGCGACCAAAUCACAAACUACAGCGUCGACGGCACCGUGAUAGGCGUCCUGGCGCUCUCUGCCUUCUUCGGCCUCUUCGUCGCCACCAUGACCCUGACUUCCUUCCGCUUCAUCUUCAUGAACCUCACCAACGUCGACGUUCUGAGCUACAAGUCCAAGGUGUACCAGCUCGCCGUCCGCAUCCCCCGUGGGUCCCCAGCCACGAGCCGGUACCCCGUCAUCACCUACCCUCUCCCCCAACCCCCACCCCCACCCAUGUCCUCAGGCCCCAACGGCAGCCUGCCGCCGCAGCAACAGCAGCUCAACGGCCACAUCAACGGCAACGGCAACGGCAACGGCUACGCCGAACCUUGGCCCGGGCCGCAGUACCAGACCUACCAAGGCUCCGCGCCGCCGCCCAACGGCCAGCACGCCUCAUCCCGCGAUGAGCCCGUCUCCAGCAGGGACUUGCGCGCCCAGCGCACCUUUGCCAUUGUCCGCACCGAGAGGGGCGAGAACCCCUGGGACCGGGGGUACUACGGCAACUGGAAGUCCGUCAUGGGCGGCGACGUGCUGGACUGGCUCCUGCCGUUCCGGCCUUCCCCCUGCGUCCGCGAGGAGGACAACCGCAGCUUCUACCGCCUCGGCCCGGUAUACAGGGAGAUCUGCCGGCGAUAUGACCUCCCGCCGCUGCCGCGCGAGGAGAGCGACGGCGGCGUGGAGAUGCGGGAGGUCUGA